AUGGGGUUGGGAACGGACUCCAACCAGAAUGAGGCUGAGAGACCACUUCUUCUUCUUCUGAAAGGUCGUGUUUAUGAUGUUGCUCAGUUUGCUUCAAAGCACCCUGGUGGAGAAAAGGUGUUGAAAAAAUUAGCUGGCGAAGAUGUUGAUGAAUUUAUGCGAGGCGAACGUCGCAUCCUUGGUGUGAAACACGAGCAUUCGGAAGCAGCCUACCAAAUGAUGGAGAAGUAUGACGUGGAGAACUUUCAAAAGGAUGAUCCAACUCUGGAUUCUAAGCGUGGCGUACUGACGAGGGUUGGAAAUUUGGGUUCCAAUUAUUGGAUGUGGAUUCAUCAACCUUAUGAAGGGACACUCAGGUUGUUCGAUUCUGAUUUUCUGGAGUCACUCACUCGUACCUCUUGGUGGGUUGUUCCAACAGUAUGGCUACCAAUUGUGACUGUGUUUAGCUUCUUCGCGUUAUCCGAUAUGUACAACCAAUGGGGAUUAUAUAAUGGUGCUCUUAUGUGGGCAAGUUGUUUCAUUACUGGUGUUUUGACAUGGACUCUUAUCGAAUACAUACUCCAUCGUUGGGUGUUCCACUGGAAACCCAAUCCAGAAUCACGACGACAAAUUGUGUUGCAUUUUCUUCUACAUGGACUGCAUCAUAAAACUCCCAUGGAUGGUGACCGUUUAGUGUUUCCUCCAGCUCCUGCCGCAAUAAUUGUUGCAUUUUUCUAUGUGAUUUACUCGAAUAUACUGCCUUGGCACAUUUUCUGCGCAUUUGGUAGUGGAAAACUGUUUGGUUACAUUGGAUACGAUAUGAUUCACUAUUAUCUUCAUCAUGGAAGUCCACGUCCGCUCACAAACUUGCACUACAGGAAGGUCUAUCAUCACAAUCAUCAUUUCAAGGAUUUCGAUGCAGGUUUUGGAAUCUCCACCUCAUUAUGGGACUACGUCUUCCACACAGUUGGAAUGGGCCCACUUUAA